AUGCCACCACCAAACAUUUCUUUGAUUCAAUAUGUAAACAAUAACCUUACUAUAACAGGAUAUGCAUUUCUGAAUCCAGUGGCGAUAUUAGGAAUUUCAUGUAUAAACCUUGUUAUUUCCGCUACCAAUGUAAUGACUUGUCAGCUACAAGAUGUACCUAAUCGACAAUACAAUAUCCAAGUUGAAUGUUACGGGCAAAUUUCAAAUGUCUAUUCUUUUACAACACCAAUCUAUUCAUGGAUGACCAGCGUCAAUCUAAGAGUACCAUUAGAGGAAAGCAAAGUCACUGUUACUGGUGUAAAUUUAGCAGCAACCACUAUCUUUACAAUUGGAGGAACCAAUUUAAAUUUAGCUAGCAGGUCAAUCAACGCCAAUAACACUGCCUUUGAAGUCGAUAUACCCGCCAAUCCAGUAGCUGGAAAAGUGAUAAACUACGUUCUAAGUUCAACCGGAAUGACGGUAAUUAAUAAUGUAGUUAUAAAUUCAACAUAUACAGGUAUCACUAUUAUGGAUGAUGAUGUAGUUCAGAAUGGUAAUAAAAUUACAAUUACAGGUACAAACUUUGACUUGUAUAAUGGAAAUUUUUCAUUGAAUGUUGGAAAUGCAUCCUACGAUAUUUUAUGUCCAAACUUUGUGUCAUGUAUUACAACUGUUCCAAACACAGCAACCAAUGGUCUUUUUGUCAUUUAUUCGAGACCAUCAAAAUAUGUGCUAUGGCAAUCGAAUGAAGAUUGGUUACCAUACAUUUCUAGUGUAACUCCAAAUGUUGCAAAUGUUACAGGUCAAGUUGUACUUUCCACCAUAUUCGUUGAUCGAACAACUAUGGUUAGUACCGACUUGAAUGGAAAAUAUAAUGUACCCUGCUCCUCUGUUGAUGGAAAAACCUUUGCACUAUCGUUAUUCCCAAAGUUUGUUGGAACCGUUAAUUUAACCAUUUCAAAUCUACAAUCAAAUAUGACUUCCCUCCCUGUACCGAUCUCUUAUCCUGGACCUAUUAUAAACUCCUUUGUUGUAAACCCAAAUAAUCAAAGUGAGCUAUUAGUAAAUGGUAGCUAUCUUGGUUUCAGCGAUGUAACCACAUAUCCAGGAAUGCCUUUGACCAUUCCAUUUAUAUCGGGUCUCUCGAAAUCAAGAUUUGGACCAACCAACUACAAUACCAACCAACAUAUAUUUGACAGUUUUACGGUACCACUACCCAAUGACGCCAGAUCUGGAACAUACAGUCUAUCGGUUGGUACUAAAUUUACGGUUGGUACAAUCUACCUUACACCUAUCAUCGAAAAGAUAACCAGUCCUCCUGUUCAAGGUGGUAGCUUUACAGUCACAGGAAAGUUUAUAUCACCAUUGUCGUAUGACUCUCAAACGGUUUUAACAAUUUACUUUAACGGAAACGAUCCUAUGAAUUUAACCAUGCUGACCCAAACCUAUCCAUAUAUAAUGGAAAUAUCAGUAGGUCCUGGCGUAGGAAGAAGGGAUUUAGCUUUUUACAAUCCACUGAAUAGUAACCCUACCCUCUUUAACGUCUAUUACCAAGCACCAACUAUCUUGUCUGCAACUUCAACAUAUUUUGGUACUCCAGGAAAUGUUACUAUCUUUGGUUCAAACUUUUAUUUGUUCCAAAAUAGUUUUGAAGUCGAAAUUGGCAACAAAUCAUGUGAUGCUUUUCUGGUUGAACCAAAUAUGAUUGUCUGUCACUUUUCGUCGGAUGUAGCCAGCCCAGAUGGUAGUCUAAACAUAACAGUAACCAUGCUAACUCAAUCGUUUUUUGGUCAACGUUUCAUCUAUUUACCAAGUGAACCAGGCUGUGUCGGUUGUAAUUCAACCAAUGGUCAGUGUCAGAAUGGAUACUGUAUGUGUAAUAAUCAAUAUGUUGGUGUCAACUGUACUAUUAGAAUACCAGAGGCAGCAGAAGAUUUGCACGCAGACAUUCCACAACCUUUGAAUGAUACCGUCGCCAUGACUCUUGGUUCUGCAGCAAGGAAUGUCCAAUUUAAUAUUUCAUUGGUUUCCAUCUCGGAAAAGGAUGAUCAUGGUGCCACUAUCAAGUCUUACCAAUUCUCGGAUAUAGAUUGGACGUUGUUGUCAUCGCCUGGUACACCAAACACCUACCCUCAAUAUAACUAUAGAGGUAUAUUCAGUGUCGAUAGUAAAUUGGUGAUAGACGUAGAAAUGCUUGUGUUUACCAAUCAAACUAAAUACAAUUUCCAAGGUGACAUCUUUACAGCACAAAACAACUCGAUGAAAUAUGUAAUAACCAUCUCCAAUUGGACUUUUGGAGGUGCUCAAAACACACUGGAACUCUCAUUCCUAAAUGAAGCAGAUAUCAAGGCUAAAGUUGGUGGAUGUAGAUUUAAUGGUCUUCUAUCACUGAGAACCAUGGAGAUUGUUCAAGAUGGAUUAUUGUUGACAGCAUUCUUUUCAGAUAGAAUAUUGGUUGAUGGCACCGUACAAUACAGUAAUGUCUCUGCACCAGAUUCGAAAUCAUCGACAAAGGAAUCUCUUCAAGUCUUGACAACAAUAACAAUUCCAUACUUUAAGAAACAGGUUGUUAUCGAUCCGAAUUUCGGUGCACUAGUAGCUUUCGAUAGUUCAAGUAGCGAUAGUCCUUCAUCGAAUACCAUCAAUUGGAAGAUACCGGUCAUCGUUGUUUGUGUGGUCGUUGGUGUAACCAUCAUUGUAAUCACUGUAGUCCUAUUAAAAAAGAAAUAUAGCGUCGAAUUUAAAUUGGCAACCGUUAAAUUAAGAAAUUUGUCAAGAUCAGAUAAAAAAAGAGUAAAUUAA